UAAGUACUAAUUGGUUUAACUUCAACUCUAUAUAAAGGGAGAGCCAUUUCUAUUUCCUUUACCCUCCUAGCUAGCUAGAUACUUUUCCAUCCAACCAAACAAUAUUACUCAUAUACACCAGUCAUAUUUCCCCCCUCUCAUUCUGUUGUGUACUAGAUUGAAAUAUAGCAGGGAAGGUGAAAACCGUGCUCUAUGUAGAAUUAAUUCCACCCUAACAACUGCAAAUGCAGGUGCUUGCAUGCCAAGAAGCUCAAAGACAUAGGGAGAAGAAUACUAUUUCCUCCCUUGUACUACAUCACCAGUCACUGACGAAAUCCACCGGCCACCAGAGGGCAAGGCCUCAGUUUGACUGGUAGCCAGGUGACGUCUUCUGAGCUUGUACGAAGCUUCAAAGAUGGUACUAUAAAAUCAAUCCUCUCACAGCUUGCGCGUUGAAGUUUAAGUCUUCUUAUCUCUAGUUUUAUCUUUAAUUAUGGGGACAUAAAAAAACUAAUAGAAGUAUGGUUGGCAGUUGACAUUUUGGUGUCUGCACUGUGAUUGGAAUUUGUUUAAGCCAAAGUCAGAAAACAACAGGGAUACUUCUUUUAAUUUAUAAGAUGUAUAGAAGUGGAAGAAGGGAGGAGGGGGACAAAGGGAUAGGAGUUGACAAGAGCCAAAAGAUAGAGAGACCAGCUAGCUUUGAAGGUGCAGCCAUGGAGUCCAUUGCCCAUGAAGAGGCUGGAAAGGAGGAUGAACUAGACUCGGCCAAAGCUGAAAUGGGGGAGGUGAGAGAAGAAAAUGAGAGACUAAAGACCAUGUUGGAGAAAAUUGGGAAGGAUUAUAAGUCUCUUCAACUGCAGGUUUUUGACAUUCUUCAACAAGAAUCCUCCAAGAGGCCUGUGGAUUCAGCUCCUGCCAUUGAUGAAGAAUCCAAAGAACUCGAACUAGUUUCCCUUUGCCUUGGAAGAAGUAGUCCAACUGAUGGUAAAAGAGAUGGUAAGUCCAGCAUCGCUAGCAAGGCCAAGGAAGACGACGAUGAGCUGAAUGCUGGUCUCACCCUUGGUUUAGACUCAAAAUUUCAAGUGUCUAAACUGGAUGUGACAGAGUUUGCGUCCAACUCGAGUCCAACCGAGAAUAGUAUCGAGGAGGUGAAGGAAGAGGAAGCUGGGGAGACAUGGCCUCCCAGUAAAGUUUUGAAGACAAUGAGAACCGGAGAUGAGGUUUCACAGCAGUCCCAUGUGAAGAGAGCCAGGGUUUCAGUUAGAGCUCGAUGUGACACGCUAACGAUGAAUGAUGGGUGCCAAUGGAGGAAAUAUGGACAGAAAAUAGCUAAGGGGAAUCCAUGCCCACGAGCUUAUUAUCGGUGUACAGUUGCACCAUCUUGCCCAGUGAGAAAGCAGGUGCAGAGAUGUGCAGAGGACAUGUCCAUUUUGAUCACUACCUAUGAAGGAACUCACAACCACCCACUUCCGAUGUCAGCCACAGCCAUGGCUUCCACCACCUCUGCUGCAGCUUCCAUGCUCAUCUCCGGCUCUUCUGCCUCUCAGCCAGGCCUUGGUUCCUCACCUGCUGCUACUGAGCUCCAUGGGUUGAACUUCAGUCUCCCUGAUAAUAUGAGAACAAGGCAGCUCUAUGCAGCAAACUCUUCCCCAUUUCCAACUAUUACUCUAGACCUCACCACUACAGCUUCAUCAUCCUCUCAUUUCAGCAGGUUUUCCUCAAGCUUCAAUUCUAGCACCCCAAGGUUCCCGUCAACAAGUCUUAGCUUUUCUUCCUCAGAAUCCAACAGUGUACCUACAGUUUGGGGCAAUGGGUGCCUUAAUUAUGGCAUACUACCACAUAAUAAAGCUCAAAUAGGGUCUCUAAAUCUUGGAAGACAACCACCAGAACAUUUUCAUCAACCCUACAUGGAAAAGAACGGCCAAGCACCUAUUCAACAGUCCUUAACUGAAACAUUGACCAAGGUGAUAACAUCAGACCCAAGUUUUCGGACAGUUAUAGCUGCGGCGCUCUCAUCAAUGGUUAGCAGCAGUACCGGCCAACCAAACCCAGGUGCAGGAGAGAGCUUGGGCCAGAAUUUGAAGUGGGGUGAGACUACUCAGGCCAUUUCUACCAACCCAUUGAGCCAGAAUGGGAAGGGAUGUGCACCUGGGUACUUAAAUGCGUCAUCAUCUUCAAAUUCUCAGACAGGAAACUCCAUCCUCCUCCAGCCUCCAUUUCCAGUUUCCAUCCCUAGAAGUGGUACUUCUGGGUCUGCUGCUGAGAACAGGGACCAGAACAACUGAUAGAUUUUCCUAUAAUUCAGAAAAGGAUAUUCUCUUCUAAUGGACUCUUGAAAUUGUUUUUUGACAGGUAGAAUAGCAUACCCUGUCAAUUUUUACAUAAUUAGAAGAGUCCAUUAGAAGAGAAUAACAUUAAUCUUGUGAUUUUGAAUGGAAAUGAACGCAUGGUCGAGUGUUCAGUUUUAUUUUUUCCCCUUUUACAUGUAUACAUAAAAGGCAGUAUGGGAUGGUUUACAAAACCACUAAUCCACACUGAUUGUACCCAACCUUAAUGAUUCUAUAAUAAUUUUACCAUCUGUACGGAUCAAAAAAGUUGUGAGUUGAUCCAGCCAGUGUAGUAAAAGCUUUCUUCCAUAAUUUUA